UAAUGUUGGAGGUUGGAGAGGAAACUUAUACAAUAACUCUCUACAGUAGAAGGCAAGACCAACCAAUGGGCCACACUUGGAAACUUUUCUGAGGUUUUCAUUUUCUAACUUUUAGCAACCUAAGAAGAAGAAAAGAAGAAGAAGAAAAGCAUUCAAUCAUCUGGCAAAUCCUGAUUAUUCAAAUCUCAGAUUGAACAGAAAAUCAGAUCCCAAAAGGCUGCAAUUAUCUCCAAAACCAGCACCAAAUGAUGGGGGGUAAAGAGAAUGGAAAAGUUCCCAGCUUUCCUAUAAUAGAAAAUUUUAAAAAGAAAAAUAGUAAUUACAUUGGUAAGACAAAAAUAGAGAAGUUCCCAAAGGACAAAACUGUAUGAAGAUGCCAAUUAAUGGAGGUAAGAGUGUAGAUUACAGUGAAUGAAUAGGUGGGAAGUAAAGAAGGCCCAGGAUAACCACAACUACUGCCAGGAGGUUCAGGGGUUCCUUGGAGUAGCAUUAAAGACACUGGGGAAAUUAGAUGUUGUGUACAAUAUAUCUAUCACCCACACCACCCAAGGGUAAAUGUUUGUUUUCCAAGAAAAUGCAAGGAAAUUAAAAUUGGAGGAUGAAAGGUUUAUAAAAGAAAGAAAGUUAGAUUCAGUGGUUUGAUGAUAUUUGGGCGAAAGAAGUAUGGAUUAUUAUGGGAAUCAGAUUUUCCUCAUGGUCUUCUUCUUCAUCAUCAUAUCAUUUCAAAGCUGCUGCCCCCACAUUUUGGUUAAUGCUCAUGGGUCUGCUUUGGAUGGUUCUGGGUAUUUCAAGGUUCAUGGCUUGGGGCUGGAGCAGACUUUCGUGGAGGAAAAUGGUGAUUUUGAUCAAAAACAAGUUGAGAAAGUUUCAGGAGAUGAUCAAAACGAGCAGAAGGAAGCUUUGAUUCUGCAAAAGUUCAGAGCUUUACUUGGCUUAAAGCGUUUCAGCAGAGCAAAAGAUGGUUCUCACUCUAGUUCUCCAUUGCCCACCAUUGAAGUUGAGACUCCAGCUCUAGCUCCAGCUCCAGCUCCAGCUCCAGUUCCACUUCCCUCUCCAGCUCCGGUUCUUCAUCCUCCAUUGUUUCCAAUCCACAAGCAUUCUCAUCGUUCACCUAGUCGGCCAAGCUCUCCACCUCCACAUCAUAUGAUCCACAAAGCACAGACAGAUAAAGGCAGAGUUGAAAGAGUUCUGGUACCUGUCUUGUUCUCCGCAGGAGCUUUUUUUGUCGUCUGUGUCCUUGGGCUCAUCUGUGCUUGUGGGAAAAUCAAGAAACAUAGACAGAAAUCUGAAAGGACAAUGCGGGUGAAGAAAGGAAAGAGCAAAGCUAGAUCCAAGCUCAAUGCCAAUUCUUUAAGUCCUGCAAAGGAUCAUUUCUACCUAAAUUCAUCAGCAGUGGAUUUAGAGCAGCAAAGUUCUUGUGUUAAACAGAGUGGUGAAGCUGUAAAUAUGUCAACAAAUCACAACAGUGAGAAUCAGCAAGAACUGGAUAACAAAUCAGAAUCAGAGAAUGCUAGUAGUUCUUCCACCAGGGAAAUCAUGUCUGUUCAUGAUGAUGCAGAGUUUGUAAGAUAUGAAUCUGAUGCUGGUGAAUCAUCUGGUGAUAAAAUCAUUCCCAUCGAAUGCCAUUCAUCAGAAGAUGAAUCUUUUCACUCUUUUGGUGAUUCAAAUUCCUCAAAUCCCAGAUUCUCUAAUGCAUCUGCUGCUAGUCUUAAUGAUGCAGCCGGAAAUUUUCCCUUGAAUGUGCCUUCUCAUUUGCCUUCUUCCACAAAUUUAACUACUUUACCAUCUGUACCAGAUCAGAAUGAGGUCCUCCAAUCUCCCUGUAAAGCUGUGCAGGAGGAGAAAUUAAUAAUACCGUCUUCUUCUGAUUGCCGCGGGAAAUUCGUACUUCCCCCUCUUCCUCCCCCUACACCUCCACCUCCUCCUCCACCUCCACCUCCAAGGGUGAUUGCUUCUCCUGCAUUUUCUUCAUCUUCUUCGCCUGCAUUCCCAGUGAGAGCUUCAAGUUCCUCCCCGUUGCCAAAAUUAUCGCCUUCGAAGGAUCUAUAUAUAUCGUCAGAAUCAAAGCAAAAUCUGCAGGUUGAUUUGCUUGCUACCCAGACUCUGCCACCGGGUGUUCCUCCUCCACCAUGUCCUCCUCCAUUUAUGAAGACGAACGACAGCAUCUCUGCCAAAGGCCCACCUCCUCCUCCAUGUCAACUUCCUCUAUACACGCCACUGGGUAAAGAUGGAGCCCCACUACCAAAAUUGAAGCCACUCCAUUGGGACAAAGUCAGAGCUGCACCAGAUCGUUCCAUGGUGUGGGACAAACUCAGAUCAAGCUCAUUCGAAUUGGAUGAAGAAAUGAUUGAGUCGCUCUUUGGAUACAACAUUCAAACUUCAAUGAAGAAUGAAGAAACCAAAAGCAAAACACCCUCCCCAAGCAAGCAUGUUCUUGAACCCAAAAGACUGCAGAACAUUACCAUUCUCUCAAAAGCAUUGAAUGUAUCUGCUGAGCAAGUAUGUGAUGCACUAAUGAAAGGUAAAACCUCCUGUUUGUUCCGCAUCCUUUCAGCACAAACCAAGCAAAGACACAGAUUAAACAAGUGUAAAAUUCUUGCCAAACUCUGUUUAAUUGCAGGAGAUGGCUUGUCUUUACAGCAACUAGAAGCUUUGGUGAAGAUGGUACCCACCAAAGAAGAAGAAUCCAAGUUAUCUAGCUAUAAAGGAGACAUCAAUGAACUGGGUUCUGCAGAAAAGUUCGUUAAGACAAUUCUUCGAAUACCUUUCGCCUUUCUUCGAGUUGAAGCUAUGCUUUACAGAGAAACCUUUGAAGAUGAGGUUCUUCAUCUCAGAAACUCCUUUUCAAUGCUUGAGGAAGCCUGUAAGGAGCUGAGAUCAAGCAGACUGUUCUUAAAAUUGCUUGAAGCUGUACUCAAAACCGGCAACCGGAUGAAUGUUGGAACAAUCCGAGGGGGUGCUCGGGCAUUCAAGCUGGAUGCUCUCCUUAAACUAUCCGAUGUAAAAGGAACAGACGGGAAGACAACUUUACUUCACUUCGUAGUCCAAGAAAUCAUCCGGUCGGAAGGAAUCCGAGUAUCCAACAGCAUCAUGGGCAAAAUCAAUCAGAGAAACAAAUCCAAAACUGUCGAAGAAAGGGAAGAGGAUUACAGAAGAAUGGGCCUAGACCUUGUCUCAGGCUUAACCACUGAACUCUACAACGUCAAGAAGACAGCCACCAUUGACCUUGACGUUCUUGCAAGCUCAGUCUCAAACCUCUCAGAAGGAAAAUCUAAACUGCAAAACCUCGCUAUCCAAAACCUGUCUGCCGACGAGAAAAACGAAAGGUUCGUCGAAACGAUGAAGUCCUUUCUGGGUUAUGCAGAGAAGAAGCUGAAGGAGCUUCGAGAGGACGAAAACUGUGUCCUGUUACACGUUAGAGAGAUAACCGAGUACUUCCAUGGCGAUGUGGGGAAAGAAGAUGGAAACCCACUUCGGAUUUUUGUGAUUGUGAGAGAUUUUCUGGGCAUGCUUGAUCAUGUCUGUAAAGAAUUAAGAAGCCUGAAAAUGCCAAGUAUUCCAAAUCCUUUAGCUCCAUUCCGGUAGGUGAUCAGAUUAGAGAUAGAUUGUAAUUUUUCUCGGUGUGUUCAUAUGAGAUACUGUUCCCUUGCCACGAAUCAAGAAUGUAAUUCUUGUGCAGUAAUUUGCUUUUUCUUGUUCUAGAUUGAGAUUGUUUCUUGUUGUUUGGUUUAAUUCUUUUUUUUUCACUUUAGGUAGUAGGCUAAUGUUAUAAAUUCUUGGAAAU